AUGAAGAUAUCCUUUCCAACGCAAAGUUUAAAGUUGUUUCAUGACAACCCAAAUUAUCCGGCGUUAAAGUUAAGGCUAACUGGCUCGAAAAAUCUAGAACAAGUAGCCCUUAAUAAUCUAUUUGUUACUAGUUCUAGCCAACUUACUGAUGCUGAUUACCGGAUCGAUUUUAAAAUGUCCGAUCUGGUUACCCACCUAAGUCAACAAUCUGAACAAUCAUCUAUGUAUCAUAAUGUAGAUGUACUAAAAUAUCAAACGGACCGAAAGAGUACACCCUUGAAAUUACGUGGAGAAUGGAAGUGCGAACCUCAAUCUACUGAUGUAUCGAUAGAAUAUACAUAUAAUGCGGAUGCUUUAUCGUCAGCAAUUCCUUUGGCAAAUGUCAAUUUUAUUGCCCCAGUCGAUGGAGGCGUAACAAAUCAUCAGAUGAAUCAGGAAGCUACCUGGAAUAAAGAACUAGAUAGAGCUUUGUGGAAAUUAACUAGAAUUGAAAAUAGUAAUAGCGGAUCUAAAAUCGAAGGACACUUUGAUCUCAGUUCUGGACCUACCAAGUCCAAAAGAGUAGCUGUAAAAUUUUCUUGCCCAGGUAGCACACUCUCCGGUUUAGAUAUAUCUCUCGCAGAUGUAAAAGGCUAUAAGAUUUCAUUUGUUAAGAAACAAAUCACUGCAGGAAAGUAUUUCGUAGAUGGGGAAUAA